UCGAGCUUAAAGUCAUUUUGCCUCCUUGUCAGCGGUAUAUUUACCAAAUUGUAUGUCAUUACUUGGCAAGUAUGUUGUUUAUAUGACAAUGAAUGUACUCUACGUAUUUGAUUUCAAAAUGGCAGGAUGUGAUAAAGGUACUUGAUGAUUUUGUUGUGUGUAAUAUGUAUGCUGCCGUUCCUCCGCCAGAGCAAUCGAUUCCUGAAAGCAGUACGAGUAAAGAAAAAGAAGGUUCUCCGCGUGGGAUAUCAGAAGAAACGUGGCAGAAAUUUCAGCAGUUGAGGGAGCGUAGACUGCAAUGUUGUAAAGUUUCAACAGAUAAGAGGGUUAAAGAACUUAAGAAGAAAGCAACAAAGUCAGUUUUGGAUAACUUCACAAGUGAUGAAGAAGUUGCAGAGCUUCGCAACCAAGGGGUGAUCUUUAAACAGGCCAACAACAAAAGCAGACCAACUGAAUUCUCACACAAGCAAGAGAAAAUCAAAAAGCAAAAGGGUAAUGAGAAAAGAUGGAGUGAACUUCAACAAUAUUUAAAUUCAGCUGUACAUUCAGAAGAGCAUGAAAUGGAUCACACAAAACACACACCAAAGGAUGAAAUUGAAAGAAAUUUGGAGGUUGCACUUAAAGAGAAGAAGUUUGAACUUUCAGAAAAACUGAACAAGCAACUUAUGGAACAUGACUUUACACUAAAAGUUGCUCAAGCUGUUGAAUGUAGAGACUAUUCAAAGAGAAAAGCUGCUGAGGAUGAAAAAGCUAAAAAGAGAAAACGAUCAAAACCUCAUUGGGCAUUUGAACAAAAGGCAAGAUGGGAAAGCAAAGGAAACAUGUAGAAAUGAAGUACAGUCUAGGUUGAAGCAGAAAUGGAGCCAGAUAAGGCUCCAUUUUUUGUGACUGUUUCAUGUCACAGAAGUUUGAGGUUACCAGUCCUGGUGAAUGAGGAUGAAGCUGCAAUUGACUGAGAAUAACAUGGAAUCAAUGCACAUGUAUCUGUGAGCAUAUCUGAUUUGAAUCCACCCAUCAAAGGCCAAGCUCAGGCAAACUUAAAUAUUGCAAAGGGGGCCUUGAUCCUAUUUCAUGCACAAAUUUUAGAAAAAUUGCACAUCAGGUGUAUUUUAAACAGCAUUCCAUGCAUCAAAAGUUAAAAGGGAAAACCUCAAAAAUCUCAUCUC